CACACUUAGAAUCUGUCGUCUUCUAAGUAGGUACUGUUGCGUUCUUACAUUCUCACCUCCGUCCACCCUCAGCUUUCUACACCGAACCAUGGAAAUGUUCCGGUCUGAAAAAUUCCGUUCCUAUGUGGAGGAUUUGAUGAGCCUUCACCACGUGCCUGGUCUUGCUAUUGCAGUUGUGCAGGGCGACGAAAUCGCUUCUGAGGGCUACGGAAAAGCGUCCAUUGAGCCGCCAGUAGCAUGCACAUCGAACACACUCUUCGACUUCGCAUCGUGUGCCAAAUCGCUGACCGCUGCAUCCGUCGGGUUGUUGGUCGACGACAAUGAACAGUUCCCCGAUGUGCAGUAUGACGCUCUAAUGUCUACCUUGCUCCCAGAGGACUUCGUCAUGCCCGGCGUUGGGUAUACAGAAGGCGUUACUGUUGAAGAUAUCUUGAGCCAUAGGACUGGCAUGGCCGCCCAUGACAAUUCCUAUUUUGGGCCACAGGCAGCGCAGCCAGACGAUGCUCGUUCUAUCACUAGAAAUUUGCGGAACCUUCCCGUGGCUGCACCCAUCCGGGCAAGAUAUCUGUAUUGCAACAUGAUGUAUACCGCGGCAUCAUAUCUGGUGGAAGUGAAAAGUGGGCAGAGCUUUGCCGAAUUUCUACACGAGCGCUUUUUCGAACCGCUUGAUAUGAAAUCAACCUGUCUUCAGUCCACAACCGCUGGAGCUAAGGGGUUUGGGGAUCGUAUUGCUACCGGAUAUCACUGGUACAAGGACAGCUCAACAUACCAUGGGUUCCAGAGCCCAGAUUGUCCGGAGGGGCAAGGUGCAGGCUCCAUCAUCUCCAGCGUCGCCGAUUUUGCCAAAUGGGUUCAAGCGUUGAUGAACCGCAAAGGCCCGAUCAAUGAAAAAGUGUACCAAGGGCUCAUCCGAAUGCGCUCUUUUGUGAACCCAAACGCAAGAAGAUUGAAGCCACAUUCUUCCCCUGCUGCAUACGCAGCAGGAUUAGAAGUGCACUAUUACCGGGGCCAUAUGGUUGUCGGGCACAAUGGCACCAUCGACGGCUUCGGGAGCCGGUUUUUCUUCGUCCCUAGCUUCAACUUCGGCGCUGUUAUUGUCGGAAACUCGACUGGAGCAGGCCCCAUCGGGACUGUUUUGGCCCGUGACUUCAUCGACGAAGUCCUUCAGAUUCCAGAGGCAGACCAGCCAUAUCGACAAAGAAGCAAAACCCCGAAAAUGAGCAAAAGCUGCAAUAAGAGUGUCCAUCCCAAACAGAAAUUCGAGAACAAGGGGAAUACAAAAGGGAAAAAUAAAGAAACAAUACCAGGAACCCGCGACAUCCCCGCCAAAGAUUUAAAACCCCAAGAGUUGCCGCUUACUCUAUACACAGGCAAGUACUGGCACCCUGGAUAUCACAACAUUACUGUUCAGGCCAAGGGCAACAAAAAUUUUAUUGACGCCAUGGAUCGGUCAAUGGGAUUCACUCUGACUUUUGAUCAUCUAUGUGACCAAACAAGAUACACAGCGCAUUUAAGUGACUUUUUAGAAGAUUGUGUGGAAUCAAUUCAGGCCGAGUUCAAAUUUGAGGAUGACAUUGCGGUAAAAUUGGGAUUGGGCCUGGAGCCUGCUUUGAAGGAGAUGAUUUGGUUUACAAGAGUGGAUGAGAGUUGUUGAAAUGUAUUAUUUUCCCCUACUUAUGAAAAUCCAUCUUGAUUCAUGUGAAGGGUGUCUCUGUCAGUUACCUGACUCGCCUCUUCGCAUGUCAUGUUAGCAGAGCCCGCCUUGACUUGAUUCGCCGCGCACGGGCCACCAAUCACAAGUGGGCCUUAUCGCGACGAACCAAUACUUCCCAGAGAACAUUUCAGAUGCUUUGGAUGAACGAUCCCACGUACCCAAAAGUAAUAAGAUCAUACAUAGGCUAAUUCAUAUAUUUAUA